AUGUGGUCUGCAUCAUCUAGACAGAUGCAGAUCAACUACGGCCUCCAACCUACAGAAAUGGGUAUGUUUGUUGUACAUCCAGCAUCAUUUCAACAUCAUCACCAACACCAUGAAAACACAAUCAAUUUUGAUCCACAUGGUAAUAAUAACUCCAAUCUUUCUAAUACAUGUACUACAAACACAUCUCUUGGGGUUGGGGUUGGUGUUAUCCCACUCCUCACAGCUACUCCUUUAACAAAUAUGGUUACAUUUGAUGAUCAAGAUUUGGUUAGAAAUAAUAGAGGUGGAAAUAAUGAUGGUACUAGUGGGUUUCAAUUCUUCUCAAAUCAACACCAACAAAAUUCUACUACUAAUUAUACUAAAAAUAGUACUAGUAGUAACAAUAUUAUACUUGGUGGUGGGGGUGGGGGGUCAAUUUCAACAACAACUUGUCAAGAUUGUGGUAACCAAGCAAAAAAAGAUUGUACACAUAGAAGAUGUAGAACUUGUUGUAAGAGUAGAGGUUAUGAUUGUAACACACAUGUAAAGAGUACUUGGGUACCAGCUUCAAGAAGGCGUGAGAGACAACUAAUGGGGGGUGCAACAACAACAAGUGUGAAUGUUGUAGCAGCUGGAUCUUCUUCACAAUCAACUUCAAGUGCUAAGAAACCUAGACUUGUCAAUUCUCAGACAACUACAACAGCUUCACAUACUUCUACUUCAAAUAAUACUCCUCCAAGAAGUUUUGACACUAGCUCUAGUCAUCAAGAUGCAAGUUUUAAAGGGUCAUUGCCAGGACAAGUGAGGGCACCAGCUGUAUUCAAGUGUGUAAGAGUGACUUCAGUAGAUGAAGGUGAAGACGAAUAUGCAUAUCAAGCUGUUGUCAAAAUUGGUGGACAUCUUUUCAAAGGUUUCUUAUAUGAUCAAGGUCUUGAUGAACCAAAAGAUAAUAAUAAUAAUAAUAAUAAUAAUAAUAAUUUUCCAAAUUUAUCUGAUUUACAUUUGGGUGCUGUUGCUACCAAUGAACAUAAUUCACAUCUUUAUGCUGCUUCUACUAGUGGAGGAUUGCUUGGUGGAGGAUCGAAUUAUGGUAACCAAAUAAAUUGA